GAAUGGGAAGAGGGAGAGUAGAACUGAAGAGAAUAGAGAACAAGAUCAAUAGACAAGUGACAUUCGCUAAACGAAGAAAUGGUCUAUUGAAGAAAGCUUAUGAACUUUCUGUUCUAUGUGAUGCUGAAGUUGCUCUCAUCAUCUUCUCUAAUAGAGGCAAACUCUAUGAGUUUUGCAGCAGUUCAAGCAUGCUCAAAACUCUAGAGAGAUACCAAAAAUGCAACUAUGGAGCACCAGAGCCUAAUGUCUCCACAAGAGAAGCCUUGGAACUGAGCAGCCAGCAGGAGUAUUUGAAACUUAAAGCUCGCUAUGAAGCUCUCCAACGAUCCCAAAGGAACCUUUUGGGAGAAGACCUUGGCCCAUUGAGUAGCAAAGAACUUGAAAAUCUUGAAAGGCAACUUGAUAUGUCACUCAAGCAAAUCAGAUCAACAAGGACUCAGUAUAUGUUAGAUCAGCUCACUGAUCUUCAACGUAAGGAGCAUCUUCUUAAUGAAGCAAACAAGACUCUGAAACAAAGGUUAGUAGAAGGGUAUCAAGUAAAUGCUCUUCAAUUGAACCAAAGUGCUGAUGAUAUGAUGUAUGGAAGACAGCAAGCUCAGCCACCUGGUGAUGCCUUCUUCCAUCCUCUAGAUUGUGAACCCACCCUACAAAUUGGGUAUCAACCAGAUCCCAUAACAGUGGUCACUGCUGGGCCAAGCAUGAAUAAUUUCCUCCCAGGAUGGUUGCCUUGA